GUCCCCCCGCCCGGCACGGCUCCGCAGCCGCACUGGUGCCCGCUCCUGCCUGCCGCAGCGAGCGCGGCUCCGGCACCAACUUUCCGUGCGCGGCGGAACGGAGCGGAGCAUCCCCCCCCCCCGGGGGGAGCAGCGGCGGCGACCCCGGGGGCGGCCAUGCUGGGGCCGGCGGUGCGGCUGGCGCUGGGCGCGGGGGAGCUGGUGCCGCCGGCCCCGGGGCUGCCGGCGCGGCUGCUGGCUCUGCUCUGGCCGGCGCUGGUGCUGGCGGCGGCGGCGCUGCUGGUCCUGCGGGGGCUGCGACGCGGCCGGGCCGGGCCGGUGCCCCGCCGCCACCGCCGCCGCGCCGCCGGGGAGGCGCGGGAGGAGGAGGAGGAAGAGGAGGAAGAAGAGGAUGGCCCCGCGGGGGCCGGCGACCGGGCAGCCGGGGCGCUGCCGGCGUGGCAGCCGGAGGAACAAAGGCGCACGGCGGAGGUUCCAGUGAAUGGCCAGCUUAUAACAUCAGUCAACAUCAGACAGAAAAAGCUCCUUAAGCCUAAGAGGAAGAGGAAAGCCCAGUCCUCAGACAAGGAGGUGUCAAAAGAUCUGCUUUCUGUGGAAAAAGACAAACUGCAAGAGGAGGAAGGAGUUUGGCAGACCAAGAUCAGCAGCCGAGAAAAGAGACAUUUAAGGAAGGAAAGGCUGAAACAAAAAGACCGCAGCAGAGCAUCCCAGGGUAGCUCAGCGGUCGAACCAGCCUUUGACUGGGAUGAGAAGCGAGCAGUGUGGCAACUCACAGAGGACACCAGUGGCGGUGGAAAAGGUGCCAAGGCAGAGUGUAGGACCGAGCUGAAGGCCUCAGGAGCCAUACAGGAAGAAUUGGUGCCUUCCCAGUCAGAAGAGGAUGUUUUCUCCAAUGUAGGAACAUGGGAUAUUGCAGAAGUAAAAUCCUGUCCUGUGACCUUUGGGACAUUAUCAGAGCUGUCCAGGGAGUUAGAUAACAUAAAGAGUAAAUCAUCUGAGGACAGUCCUUCCAGAUGCUGUUGGCAUGCCGGCUCGACUUUCCUCCCUGUAGACGAUGCAUGGCAGGGUCAGGAUGAUCCUUCAGCACUUGACCUAGACUCUGACUGGAAGGCUCCCACAGAAGAGUGGGGAAACUGGACGGGAGAUGAGGAGCAUCAGACAGGGAACGAGAAGGAAAAGCCCCAGCAAGGUUUGGAAACAACAAUGGAAGAAGGCCCAAGGGACUUGCUAUCUACAAAACAUAGCAGUGAUGCAGGCUGUGCUUCCUUCAGAAAAUCCUUGGACGUUGCUAAUAAUUCACCCAAUAACGGUGUACCUGGAAAAAAGGAGAGGAGGAAGAGAAAGAAAAUGAAGAAAGAGACUUGAGGGAGCUGUGCAGCUGCCGGAGUGACAACCCAACAGGGCACGCAUGCCGAUGAACUGCAAGGAUUCUGCUUUCUGCAAUGCUGUGCUGAGCCCAAAGUAAAGAGAGGCUCUAGGAGACCUCCCAGCGAGAGGAAGAGGGGAAGAGGAGCAGUGAGCCCGACUGUGAGUGUGUGAGAGAGCAGAGAAUGAGCACGCUGUGCGCAGGAGGUGGCGGUGAAACGGAGUGGCUGUUCAUUACAAACUGCUGCCCUUGAUUAAAAGCUGUUGAAUGGGGUUUGACUGGUUGCAUUAAGUCCUUUCAGUUUUUCACUGUCAUGUUGUUUGUCAACUUGUAAUGUUAUAUGCCAUUGUAGAAAUGGUCGGGACGUAGCUGACUGUGAUUGUACUUCGGUCCCAUGGCAGGUCCACUAGCUAGUCUGGUCCCCUCUGGCAUUUUUGCAGAGGUGCUCAUCGACAGGCUAGUAAUGUACAGAAGGAAGCACUGUUCAGAGACAAGGAGAAUAACAUGGGUCGUUCUCAAACCUCCUAAAUCUUUUAAAUCCUUGUUGGCUGCUACAGUCAGACUUUUGCCUCAUACCUUGAGAUAUUUAUACUUUUCACCCCACAUCAGGCUAGCCUGCUCCACAGGGGGAAAUUUCUAAAGGGGGUUUUAAACUUGUUUGGAAAGAUGGUCUAAACCCUUUUUUUCUCCUCAGAUUUCAUGGUGGGCUGAAGUUUAAAGUCUGUAUGUCCAAAGCAUGUCGCAUUUGUACUUCUAGGAGACUGAAGUAACUUUUAAAAAUAAUUUUUCUUAAUCUGAUGUUUGGAAGUUUUUAUCAUUUUGUUAUUUAAAUAUUCUAAUGUAAACUAAAUUUGUGAACGAAAUUUUUAAAAAUGUCAUUUUAGUAUUUAUUGAAGAGUGUGUUUUUCUUGUUGUCAGAGGGCUUAUAGCAUGGAGGAGGGAAUGUGUUAUAAUUGAAUACAUUGGUUUAUAAACAGCACCAAGCUGACACCACUAAGAGCUGAAGCCCUUUAUCCCUAGGGGAGCUGCAGCUGUGGUGGUAGCUGUGAGGGUUUCUUAGAUGGUCCCAAGACUGUGCCUCCACCUGACCCAUCCUGGAAGUGCUGCCUCAAAGAAUGAGCCAGUGAUUGUCAAAUCUCCAUCUGCAUUCGACUUUGUGCCUUUGGAGAUUGUGUGGGAAGACUACCUUACUAAUGCACGUUAAGUGUAUGCACGUUCGUAGGCAUUGGGCCGAUGCUGUGAAACUCAUUUCAGGUAGGACACUGAGUAACCAGGGAUGUUAACGGCUUUAUACCACUACAGCUGUUUGCAUCACUGGGCCAGAGGAGAGCUCGGUGCUUCUGCCAUCACAGCCACCCAGUCCCUGAUGCUGGCUUGUCUGAGCUUUGCCUGCAGCUCAACACUUCUACCCGACAGCCUUCAUCUGUUGCAUAGCUGUCAAAGCAGCUGUAUCCUUCAGAAAAGCAAUUAAUUGCAGCAGUGUAUUUGUGUUUGGAGUUUAGCUACUAUAUGUUAAAGCGCAGUUCUCUUGCGAUUUUUGGGGUAGCUAGCAGUACAGUGUGCCCUGAAAUUUAGCACAGCAGGAAUUGUUUCAGACAGAUAGGUGAGGGGUAAUUUUAACUGAUGCCACUUAGGAGCCCACCGUAUAGAAUCUGCACAUCUUGGUGUUUGUGUCUCAGCGUAGGGGAAGUAUAGGCAGUUUAUGAAUGGACUGAAUAGACCAAAGAGCUUUUAUCUGGAAAGUAACUGGUUUGGAGCGGAUGGGUAACAAGAUGGCCUCACUGGAGAAACAAGUACAGCAAGUUCAAGGAUUUAGAAGAUGUGUUAAUGAGUAUGUGGGCAAUGAGUAAAGUUCUGCUAUCUCUGAAGCCAAUGGAAAAUAUUCAUUGACCUCAUUGGGGCCACAAUGUUGCCCAAGGUCUUUGUUUAGCAUUGAAGAUAACCUCCAUCAUCAAAAAAAAAAAAAAGGAGAUAAAGAGAAGCUCACAAGAUUGGUAGACUCCAGAUUUCUUCUGCUUUUUUCUCUAUAUCUGCUUGCAAACUUCUUGAUGUCUGUGUAAUUAUGUUUUAUUUCAACAUGUUGCAGUAUUUAAAAUGUCAUUUUUAUAAUAAA